AGCGCGACAAAACGUCACGGACGCGUCAUCAAAAAAUAAUCGGUGGCAAGCGCCAGGGCUAGUGUUUUGACAAUAGCGAGUUUUCUGAGUCCGGAACGUGCGAAAUCGAGGCGUCGCGAUGGAAAUCGUCACCGAAAUCACCCAGAGCCAGUUCGCUGUGUACGUGCCGAUCGCGUUGGCGAUCGUGGGGCUCAUCGCCGUGUUCGCCUUCGGUUUCGGUACGGCACAGCAGCCCAAGUUCAAGCUGACGUCGCUGGACGACCGGAAAACGGCCGCGAAAAAAAGGAAAACCAAAGACAAGAAAGCGCCAGUGAACGGUCACAUAGCGUCGGAAAAAUCCCCUUCGAAGGAUAAGAAGUCGCCUGUCAAGGAAGCGAGUGAAACGAGAAAGGAGAAGAAGUCGGACGCCUCGGCUAAGAAGCCGGAAGAAAAGCGGAAAACCAACGAGCCCCAGGAACAGGCGAAGAAGAGACCGGCCAAAAAGCAAGUCGCCGCUCAGAAACCAGACGAUUUUGACGAGGGAGAUUGGGAAAAGGUGCUGACGAAAGCGGACAGAAAGAAGAAGAGCGACCAGUCGCCCAGCAAAAAGGAGAAGAAGGUGAAAAAAUCGGAAAAGAACGACGCCGAGCCAGAAAAGACGGAAAAAGAGGAGACCCCGGUUGAGGAAAAGAUCGAAAGCAAACCGGAACCGGUAAAGGAGAACGCGGAGGAGAAAAUCGAAGAGAGCGAGGCGGUCGCGCCCGUCGUCGAAGAAAAGAAGGAGAAAAAGAAGGAGAAGAAGCCCAAAAGGGAGGUGAAGGAUGCGGAGGGGCCGGCCAUAAGCGAGGUGAACGUCGUCGCCGAAGAGAAAUCGGUCGAGGUCCCAGCGGCGCCGGUUUUCGACGAAUUGGGAGAUACCUGGACAGAAACCAAGCAACCCAAGAAAGGAAAGAAAAAGACUAGAAGGGAUAAUUAAGGGGCCAGGAUCCUUGGUGGAAGUGUAGAGCCGAACUCGCGGGGGGCCCCCCGCGCAGAAGGAAGCCAUCGGGCCAUAGGAAUGACAUGUGAUGGUGAUUAGUUGCUGUAAGGGACACGGGGGUGUAUAAAGACUUGCGUGUUUGUCGUGAUUGGGGUGCAUUUUGCAUGUUUUUUUUUUUAACUUGGGGUAAGCAUUGUAAAUAAUUCGCAUUAUUAUUGUACAUUCCAUCUGUAAGGAUAAGGAUAUGUUCCGCUUUUGGAGGUUACUUAUUUAAGGUAAAAAAAAAUAAAGGGUGUGCCAAAAAAAAGUCCGUCGGUCACGUUUCCGCUUCAAAUUUUGCGAAAAAGGACAAUAAGGACAAACUGUAGGGUGAAAAUCAAACUAUGUUAUACGAAACUUAUCCAUUGAACGUGCAUGGCCUUAAGUGCAUCAUCGCGUAUGUAUAUUUUGUAACGAUAUAUAUAUUAUAUUUUUUCGACGAAUCUAACGCGAAUGCAAUCGCAGUUUCGAGAUCAUUGUAUUGUGUGUCUUCCAACUGGUCUUAAACGUUUUUUUUUUUUAAACGUUGCUACUUUGUAGUUUUUUUAACUUUCCACGUUUUUGUUAUUAUUUCGCGUUUACUGUAUUUUAUUUGGAAUUUUAUCGCGUUUGAAAUUGAUAUUUAAACGUCGCUCGCGCGGCCCUUAGUUUCUAAGCGUUUUCGAUUUUGUAGUUUGUAAUCGGUGAUUUUGGUAGUUCUUAAAAAGUUGUGAUACUCGGCGACACAUUAAGACGGACGCUUCCACGGCCGGGUGGAUUGUUUUGUAUUUUUUUCAGGGGACCAUGUUGAUAAUAUAUAUAUUUCGAAAGCAAAAUGGCCGCUUCUAA